UGAGUCACAUGGCCCGGGUUUCUAUUGAAACCAGUGAGAAGAGGCUUGAAGCUCAGCCUUUACUCCAUGUUUUGGAAGCCAAUGGCAGCAACAUGAGUGGAGCCCAACAGGACGGAGAAAUGACGGCAGACAGCCUCCAUCUGAACGGGACGGCAGCUUUGGGACUGCAUGACCAGGAGAUGACAACUCUGUCUGAGUUCAAAGUGUUUAACAUUGUCAUCAUUGCCCUGGCCUUAUGUAUCCUCACUAUCACCGGCCUGUACUGCAUCACUGUCUGCUACAACCGCACCAGGCAGUCAAAGAGAGCCCAGGUGUAUGAGAGUGCAGUGACCAGAGGCGAGCCGGCGGACCCUGUGGCGGUCAAAGCAGUGAAAAGGUCUACCAGCUUCAUCAACUCUCUCGCCUUCUUCAGGAAACCAGAGGCAGCAAAGGACAACUCCAGGAUCUACUACAUCUACAGUAACCCGCUGCCAGUAGGACUGAAGGAGGAAGAGGAGGGCGGGUUUAAAGCCUCACAGAGACCAGAGGAGCAAACUGCGCUGACGCUGCCGCUGUCGUUUCAGGAGUACGCCAAGGAUCCCAACAAUGGCGUCACCCUGGACCCUCCGAUUUUUUACAUGCAGCUUUAGAAUAUGGUAAAGAGUUAUUGUUGGGCUGGGAGGGAAAAGCUGUCUGAAUGUCUCGAGGCGGGCAGGAGACACACUGGAAUCUGAAAGGUCUGAGCUUUGACCCCUGCUGCUGAGUGACCAUGUACAGGCCAUUAAAGGGGCACUCCAAUGAUUUUACUCAUUCAAUUCAGUUUAGUUAUCAUGAGUGUGAAAAAACUGAUGUAUAAUGUCUUUUGUAGUUCAAGUCUAAUAAAAAAUAAUAAGUUAUCUUAGGAAAGAAUUGGA